AUGAAUUCGAGCUAUGGAUCCGUGGGCCCCACCAUUUGGCGCCCUAAAAAUUUCACCUUUCCAAUGUAUUCUUUGACGGAUAUUUUCCCGAAUUUCUUGCAUGCAUCUGGUGGUGGCCCCCAACAGGAGGAGACGACGACCAUGGUCGGGGAACUCCUCUUCUGCAUCUACAUCGACAUCUGCAUCGCCUUCUUCAUCUUCCUCAUAAGCCCAACAAGCCGUCCUGGACCCAUCAGCGUGCAGUCCCGAUCCAAUCGACCGGGCAGGGAUCCUUAUCUGAGCCGACAUCUAUGGUGUGGGAUAUUUUCGGGAAAAGCUGGAACUCCUCGCGAAUCCUAA